AUGAGAUUGAAGAAGCUCUCUAACUACAUUCUUAAUUUGAUGACACUGCUUUGUGCCCCAGUUUAUGAUGAAGCAGUGCAGAAACUACAGAACAUAACAGAUCCCGUGCAUUUACUGAGAAAUUUGAUGGGUAUCUUCCAUGUUCUGGGCCUGACGAAAAUGGACAUGGUGAACUUUACUGUCCAGAGUCUUUGAUCCUACCUGCAGGAACAUUCUAUCGAGUAUGAAAGAGUUAAAUUCCAGGAACUCCUCAACAAGCAGCUCAAUCUCCUUUAUUGCACUACAAAGUGGUUAACCAAAGCAGCAACAGACCUCGUCAGAACAACUCCGAGUUCUUCUGAUCCUCCCAGCUCCUCCAGCAUGGCCUGUUCACCUCAAAAUUUGGAAGCUAAUAGCUUAGAGCACCCCACUCCCACAAUGGUAUUAUACCAAGGCUAUCUGAACCUCCUUCUCUGGGAUCCUGAAAAUGAAGAAUUCCUUGAGACUUUGCUGAUAGACAGAAUUCGGCUACAAGAGAUAGGGUCCCAGUUGAACCAGUUAACCAUACUGGCUUCAGUCUUGCUAAUAGCCAGAAGUUUCUCUGGCAGUGUUUUAUUAAGCUCACUUGAAUUUGUGGAUAAACUGAAACGCAUAACCAAGGUCCUGAUGGAGGAAUUGGACUCCGGUCCUGAAGAGGUUAUGCUGAGUGUGAGUGAAAUCCGUCAAGGCCUCAAGAACAUGGGCCUCACUUCUCUGAGGAGGGACAACACAGCAUCUCUUAUAGGCCAACUCCAGAACAUUGCCAAGAGAGAACCACAUUAG